UCUAACCAACAUUUAUGAUUGAUAUGAUUUACUGCUACACUUUCUUGUUGGUAAUGAUGGUUCUAUAUUCUUGGCAUUUUACUGUAAGUAUGAGCUAGACGAUGCACAUGAUAUGCCUUUAUACUGAAGAGCAAACAAUUUGAAAAUUCACUGGAAGAAGUGAGGAGAAAAACUGGUGCAAACUUGAAUGCAACAUCUGGAAAAACUAGCAAAAUUGUUUUUCUUUUUUUGGAAAAGGAAAAACAAAAUGGUUAACAAAGGGAUGAAUUUACAGCACUGAAAUCAUUUUAUUUCUUGCCUUUUUGUCUGUAUUUAUGGUUGAUCAUGUGAGUUAAUAUAUUGAGCAGAGCUGCAUGAGCGGGCUUUAUCCUAGGCUUGUCUCCAAUAGUUGAUGGUAUCGGUCUCCUAUCUAUUGAUGUGUAUCACAACACGUAUUUGAAGUGGCAUAAUCUGUACUAAGACGCUUUGAGGAAACUUUGCAUGGAAUAUUAUUGUGGGGAAAACUUGUUUAAUGAAAAGGUUCUGGUGUGGGAAAUCAAAGCAAUGAGUCUGAGUGCCUUGGUGGAUGUUGUGAAUGAUGUUGCUAGAUAUUUCAGGCACUGAUUUCAAUUUACAACCCAAUCUUUUGCCUUUCGUUUUUGGGGGAGAGUUUGCUGGGAUGCAAUUAAUCUACCGUUUUCUCACACAUUCGUUUCAUGUGUUGUUAUUUGUGAUAAAAAGGUUUAAUGUGCUGCUACAUGACUUUCCAUGGAGCAAUAGAGCUUGGAGACUAGGAUGCCAAUAUAUAUCUAGUGAGUAGAGGUUUCAUGGAAAAUGCAAACCUAAGAAUAGGGAGGUUUUGGGUAUGAAGAAAUUGAGAAACUUAGGCUUUGGAUUGAUAUUUUGAUUGCUUUUUUUUUGGGUGUGUGUGUAAAUCCAUUGGGUUAUUCACAUCAAACAUAUUAUACUUUUGGGCCCUAUAAUUUUUUUUAAAUUAAUGAAAUUCUGUUAAGGUGCAUAAGAUGUAUAGGGGUAAACUAAUUCUUGAGAGAGGAAAGGUCUGUGAGAAGCAUGAGCAGCCAUGAGAGAGGAUUCUGCUGAUCCCUGCAUGACGUUGAGUGAAAGAUCCAACCAUGGUGAUGAUUCUUCCGAUAAGAAACCUCCAGAGCCUUUUGGCUCUACUUCGGCAGGUGUAGAUGAGGAUCUAUGUUCUUUUGUUAAUCUUGCUGGUGAUCUAUUCAAGCAAAAAACUGGUGUUGAACUCAAAUCUGGUAUUGAAGGACAAAGAUUCGACCUCUCUGGUAAUGGAGUUUCUAAUGAAGCUACUGAUCUAAGGCCUAGCUGUUGGAAGAAAGGAACAUCGGCAACUGGUCUACUGUUUGGGAGUCCUGGUGUUCAAAAGGGUGUCGCAUACUUCAAACAUCAAACAACCCCCCAACCAAAACUUGUUGAAGGUCAAUUCAUCAUCAACAUUGAUUCAAACCUAUAUAAAGAGUGUGCAUCAAGAUGUUUUUUUAUUGUUCUGUUUCAAGGAGUUGGAUGAAAUGAUAAGAGCCAUAAGCAGUCCAUUGUUUAUCAACAAGAGUUGCCUGGUGUUGCAAAAAUGGGAGCCUGAUGUUACACCCUCGAAGUAAUUGAAAGAGGUGUUGCCCGUGCGGAUUAAGUUGCCUGGUUUGUCAACUCAUUUGUUGGGAGUCGAAAAUACUGGGUUGCAUCUGCCAUUGGACGACCUCUCUUUAUGGACCGGCCUACGAGCUUGUGGUCUAGACUGCAGGCAAGAGCCUGUGUAGCAUUGAACAUGGCAGAUGAUAACCCUGAAGAAAUUUGGAUUCAAUAUAAUAGGAAAAGAGGUGAAACAACGUGUUAUUUAUGAGUUCAUCCUAGUACAAUGCUCUGAAUGUAAGGCCAUGGGACACAAGUCACAGUUCUGUAAGAAAACAAAUUGACUGUUAAGAGCUGUCAUAUGGAGAAGCCAGUACUCACAAAGGUGGUGUUUGAUAACUUUCACUGCAGUUUCCCCGGGAAUCACCCCUGCUGCUGACUUUCCUAGAUUUGGGGAUGCAAGUGAAAAUUGGUUGGGUGAAUGCUGGAAACUCUAUUUGAUUAACUGUGGUGCUGGUAAUUUCACCUUUUUGGCAAUGGGAAAGCUGGAAGCUGCUUGUAAUACCAUUCAUUGGUGUAUUUCAUUGAUAUGAUGUGCAAAAUGCAGUUUUUUAACAACAUUUUAUAAUUAAAUAAGGUUCCUUCCAUUCAUUCAAUAUAAUACCAAACAUGUAAAUAAAUUCAAAGAAUUCCAAUCUUUAAAUAUUGACCAAAUUAAUUUUCU